GUGUGUGAGUGUGAGUGUGUUUGAGAGACAGAGUAAUCCCAGGCCUUUACCAUGAUGCACUGUGUGCUAUUGCCGUUGCUGCUGGCGUUGGGGUGCAUGCACGUCCACGGUGCUCCGGUGGACCAGGCUGGCAUGGAGCAGGGGUCAUGUGAUGACGCAGCAGCGAUGGGCGCUGCAGGACUGGCUCUCACUAAGAUCAACCAAGACCGGCAGGACGGCUACAUCUUCAGCCUGCACCGCCUGUCCAGUGUUCACAUGACGCCACAUGGAGACAACGGCAUGGUUUUCUACCUGACUCUGGACGUCGUUGAGACCAACUGCAGUGUCCUCAGCAGGAAAGACUGGAAGACCUGUGAGGCUCGUCCCACACAUGACACACCGGUAUAUGGACAGUGCAAAACAGCCAUCUUCAUCAAUAGAGUGCAAAGAGUGGUCCGCCUCUACAAAUACAACUGUGUUAUCAGACCAGUUCCUGCAGCUAAGGUGGCUGAUGUCUGCCCUGACUGCUCGUCUCCCAUCGCCACGAGCAACGCUGAGGUUCAGAAGGCGCUGUCUCUCUCGCUGGACAAGUUCAACAAGGAGACCGGGUUUGCCAAUCGUUUCGUUGUGCUCAAAGUCACCCGCGCUACCGCUGGGAUGGCCAUGCAGAUGUUUUACAAUGUAGAGUACACCAUCCAGGAGACCACCUGCCCCAAGAGCGCAGAAGCAGCUGAUAAGUGCCCGUUCAUGGAGUGCGAGUUCGCUCACAAGGGCUUCUGUAAGGCAUCCCUCUUCUACUCUCCCACUAAUGAUGCUGAUACCAGUGUAGAGUGUGAGAUCUAUGAGCCUGAGGCUGCUGAGAGAGAGAAGAAACUGCACCUGCUGGGCGGAGAGACUGACCACAACCACACUGACACACACGGACACAGCCACACCCACGACCAAGCACACGCUGCCGACCAGUCACACACACACGACCACGUGCACGACCACACCAAGAGCCACACUCAACACGACAGAACCCUCCAGCACGCCGGCGACAGCGACCACCACCACACACACGACCACGACGCAGGCAGCAGCCACAGGCACGCUCAUGACCACUCCCAUGACCAUGGGCAUGGUCACGAUCACGUGCACACUCAUCACGCCAAGGCCCACAACCACAGUGGUGACUCACCCAACCACCACCACGACUACAAGCAUGGCGAUGGCGUACACACCCAUGAGCACGACCACGAGAUCGCGCUGGACCAUGACCACAAGCACGCACACCUUCACGAGCACGAGCACCACCACCAUCACCAUGACCAUGACCACGAGACUGCAGCCCACGACAACCCAGAGGGCACAGUGAGGAUGCUGCCCGCCAUGGGACAGCCCAUGACCCUGCCCGCCUUCCCUGAUGUCCCCGCCGGUGGCCCAGAGGUGGGAGUCACCCUGCCCGCCAAGCCCGAUCCCCAGAUCCCCGGAGAGAUGGAACCCAUCAUCCUGCCCUUCCCUACCUCAGUCUCAGCCAAGUGCCCCCCCGCAGUGAUAGGCACCACCCUGGUGGAGCAAGUCUUCAAUGAGGACCCCAUGUUCAAGCCAGCUGCAUAAAGUGGCUUGUGAAACUCGCUUGGGAACUGAUCUGGAAAAACUCACAUAAAAACAAAGAGUCAAGGGUAGUGAAGGCAGAAAUUUGCUCCAGACAAAAUGGUGGAUUAUUAUAAGCACUGAAAAUGUAACUUUUCUUGUCUCUCUUCACUUAAACCAUCUACCCUACCAAAAAACUACAU